AUGUGGCUCAUCAACGCCGCCACCUUGAAGCGCGAGAACCGGCAGCCAGAAUCCACCAGAUAUGCCACCCUCUCUCACACAUGGGAAGAUGGCGAGAUCACGUUUCAGGACUGGGGCGUAAGCGAAGCGACUGGCCUCGGUUCAUCGGCAUCCACCCCUCGCGUUCUUCUUGCCGACCAAGGCAUGUCCCCGGGCAUGAUUAAAGUGCUCGAGACAUGCCGAUUGGCUGGGAGUAAAGGUAUCCCGUACGUCUGGGUAGACACCUGCUGUAUCGACAAGACCAGCAGCUCCGAGCUUUCCGAGGCAAUCAACUCCAUGUUUCGGUGGUACGAGAUGGCUGAGGUCUGCUUCGCGUACCUUUCGGAUCUCGCCUCAACACCGCAUGACCAGAGUGAGCAAGAGCCAGUGUUGGACAGGAUGCUUGGCUGCAGGUGGUUCACGCGAGGAUGGACGCUUCGGGAGUUGAUUGCACCAAAGCUGGUCGAGUUCUACGACGCCGAGUGGCGCUUUGUCGGAACAAAGGCCGACCCCGAGCUGCAGGCACGUCUGUCGCAGAUGACCGGGAUCGACUGCGACGUCCUUCAGGACAGCACGAAUCUGAGCGCCGUCGCAGUAGGUCGGAGGUUGUGCUGGGCGUCCAAGCGGCAGACCACCCGGGAGGAAGAUAUGGCGUAUUGUCUCUUCGGCCUAUUCGGCAUCCACAUGCCUCUCAUUUACGGCGAAGGCCAAAAGGCAUUUUAUCGACUGCAAGAAGCAAUCCUGGCAACUCACGACGACCUCAGUCUCUUCUGCUGGUCGUCCUCUUCCAGGGAGCGCACUGGCUCGGAAGAUUUGGAGGCUCGGACGGCAGCCUUUGCCCCUUCUGCUGAUUAUUUUUGGAGCUGCAACAACUUGGCUCUUCUGAGGUCACCCCUGAUCUCAACCCCGAGCUUGAGAAUGACAGACAAGGCUGUUGAGAUGGAGACGCGUCUGUAUUACUUUCCAACCGCCCCUCCCGAGCAUCAAGACCAACACGCGACCCUUGAUAGGAGCAUAUCCUACUUUUUGAGUCUGCAGCUCGGCAUAUUCCUCGGGGUCAAGUCCUCAUCGGGCUGUCCCGGCGACUAUGACUCGGGUGUUCAAGUCCUGUGGCGGCACACGGCCGAAAAUACCGCGGCGGGGGAUCUGGUUCGGGAACUGUUUGCGCAAUGGGACAGCUGGCCGGUCGAGUACUCAAUGUCCCGGCUGCAAGGACUGUACUCACUAGACACUGUCUCGUCCGGGGAUUUUAUCAGAGUCGUCACCCGUUCUAAUGCCGUUCAAUACACCGUACGCAUUCUCCCUAUCCAGUGGGCGAGGAACAACGCGUUCCAUAUCAAGACGGAGGUUUCGGAUUUUGUGCAUGGCGAAGCCCCCGAUAUGAUGAACGUCAUGUAUUAUGACGGGCCAAGUAUUUAG